AUGACUGCCUCUGCUCCAAAGUUUAUUCGCCUAGAAGGACGUGUGUUUAACUCCUGGAAACGGUAUAAAGAGAAAUUCGGAUUUAAAGAGAAGACAGACAGUGAAUUUGCAGCACGACUGUUGCAGAUAAGGUUAGUCAGUUUAAGCUACUGUUCCCAUGUCAAAACUGGGUAAAUUAGUAAUUAAUUCAGAGUUCCAGACUAUUAUUUAUUCCACAGUAAGUUAAAAAAUUAAACAAUUGCAUUUAAUUUAAUUUUUCAACCAUAAAAACACUGAAGAAAAAAUGAUUGUCUGCAGUUAAUCUGGUAGGGAUACCAGAAUACCUUGUUCUGUUAUAAAUUCCACUGGUACUGAAGAGCGUUUAUCAUGAGGCUUGUAAUGUCUGAACGCCAGACCAGUCCUCGAUAGGGGUGGAUUAUACACUCAGGAAACAAGACAAGUUUCAUUCCGCCAUAUUGUAUUCUCACACUCUCCCACCAUGCAUUACAAGCACAAGCAACCCAAUAUACAAUCACCACAUCUGCCCGUUUGAAAUGAAACAGUACACAUAAUGAAAGGCCCUAACAAAUAAACUCUAAGCCAGAACUGUAACAGUCCUAUAAGGAGUGUUAAUAAAGCUACAAUCCUGGUCAAAACGUUUGGGACAAUUUGUGUUUCAGGUGAGAAAAAUGUAAUUCAAGUUGACACCCCCUCCCCUGAACCGUGUUGGGUGUUACAAGUCAAACACUUUUUACAUAUUUUGCAUACGCUAAGGACCUCAACUUUGUUCAGCGGCAGGAGGUGAGGGAAAAUCUUGUUAAGGCUGUGUUUAUGAGUGUGUAACGCAGGUUAGCUGUAAAUUCCAUAGCAAAACACGUGAAAAACGGGUGGUGUCCCAAAACCUUUUGGCCAGGAUUGUAUGUUCGAAGAGUCCAACGAGUAGUUAGUUCUCAUCAAAAUGCCCUUGGUAAAAAAAGUUAUUAAAGUCCUUAUAUCAAAAUCAACUAGUCUCUUAAGCAGCGUAGCCUAAUAAGCCACUUUGGCUCAAUCUUUCAUGUGACAUAGUCUUUAAGCCAGCUUGGCUUGGCUCUCAUGGGUUGACCUUUGAGGCUCAACGGCCUGUUCUGGCAUCUUAGCACUAGGCUGCGGUAAGCUGGGCUCAGCAGUGGGCUCAGACGCAGGCCAUUCUGCUGGAAUGACUCUGGGUUCAGGGUCAGUAAGGAUAACUGGUUCCAUUGGUGGUCUCUGCUCCAGUUGCUGUGUUGGUUCUCGCUGUUGCUGAGAUUCCCUUGGUGCGGGUCGGAUGAACCUUUUCACAUGGCCUGCGUUCCUCUUAAGUAGGGUUUCGCCUCGCUCAAGGACCACCAGAUCUCCUCUCUUAGAAACUUACUGCAUGGCUCUGGAUCAUACGUUGCAGACAACUUGUUCUCUUUCUGCCUCAUCAGUAGCACCUUGUCUCCGUCCGACACAUCAGACCCCAUAGUUCCUUUGUUUGCAUCUUUAGCACUUCUCUGUUUCCGUUCAGUAUCCUGGUCUCUUGGUUUGGAUUCUACUUCCAUACAACAGUUCACUUCGAAGCAGUCCCAUGAAAACAGUUUGAUUCAUUCCAAUCUUGCGCUUGUCCUUGUUAAUGGUUAGGUUUCUUUCGUGUAAUCGCUCUGUGGCAAUGUCACCAGAUUUCUGUCAUGCUCCUCAGUUGUCCGUCCGUGCACAACAAUGUCAUCAGCUAUGUUGGUGGCACAGGGGCAAUUAGCGAUUGUGUGCCUAAUAAUGUUCUGAUACUGUUCAGAGCACUGUUCGCACCAAAACUUAACCUCUUGUAACGAUACAAAGAAUUACCAGCUGAAAAUAUUAUGAUAUCCCUCGACCCCUUCUCAAACUCAAUUUGAUGUAUCCUCAUGUUCAUUUCGAGCUUGGAGAAAACCGCGCUUCCAUUCAUUUCCUCCGGCACCUCAUCCACCGUAGGAAUCGGCAAUUUCUCCCUUUCAAUUGCCUCGUUGGCAUGCCUCAUGUCGACGCAUAUAUACACAUCAUCCUUGUUUGGCUCAGGAGCUAUCACAGCUGGGCUGACCCAGGUUGUUGGGCCUGAAACCUUCUCAAUGAUGUCAAGGUUAAGAAGCUCGUCAAUCUUUGUCUGAACUUUAUCUUUCAAAGGGUAAGGAUCCGCCUCGGUUUCUGUGGUGAUGGUAUAACUUCACGAUUGAUGGGCAACUUAAGCUCGCAACCGGACAACGAGGGUUCCAAGUAAGUUUUUUCGGGACCCAGGAUUUCCCUUAUUUGAUGCUCAGGAUUCGGGAUUUGAAAGCAAAAUCGGGUGAGUUUGGGGAUUGAAAGUAUGCUUGGGAGGUGGGAUACCAAAAAUAACCCUCGGGAUUACGGGAUUGCAAGAAAAUUUUGGGUCGGGAUUACAGCAUUGAAGAACCCUACUGGUGACCCUUGACAACUUGCCAACCCCAGAGAACACACCUUUGGGAAAAGCCCCACAAUACCGUUGAUAUCACUGCCUAUGGAAUAAACUGCCGUUAUAUUCACCGGUUCUUGUCCAACUUUCAGCACUUAUAGCCUUUUAGCAGCUGGGCUACCAAGCCAUCACCGCCCUUCUCCCUGUGUUACGAGAACAGUUUCCACUACUUUUUGCCCAAGACACUCAAUUGUAGCUUCAAAUUUACCGACCACCUUGUUAAACACCCAUUGCCAUACUGAUAGACACGAAGGUUCCUCUCUUCUGGUAUUAAAUUUCCUCUGAGGCCACUCACGGUGGACUGUACUCCAGAGUAAACGAGCAUACUUGUCUUGGUGCCAGUAAUCUUCACUGAAAUAACGUUUUCUUCACAGGCCCUUUCCCCAUUGUAGUUAAUUGGAAAGGCAAUUGGCUCUUCUUCACUGCCGUAGUCCACUUGAUUAAUUUGUUGGCCCCUAGGUUUUAAAUUACGUCCACUACGUACUGGCAGCACUACAGGAUCGCCAAUCAUUACUCCCACUUACUCUUCCAUCACUCUUACCCACUUUCUCUUUUCCAUCGGCCUCAUUCCGGCAACACGAUGCCCAGUGCCCUCUCUUGCUACACUUAGUACACAAUUUUCCUUUUCCCACUUGGCUUUUAUUUGCCUGAUCUGGGCUGCACCAAAUUCACGCUGCUUUUUUCCUCUCCCCCUGCAAUUUUGCUUGUCUGACGGCGCUUCUGUUUCCCACUCUCUGGCUGUAGUCAAGGCUGCUGCAAGCUUAAGUUAGGAACCUCAAAUAGCUUGGUCCGUUACUCUUGGGACGAUUCUUUCCGAAUAGAAGCUAACGGCUCUAGCAGCUGGUCUCUUACUGCAAAUUCGAGCUCCUCAACUUCAUAGCCAGUGUCUCGCUUGCUUCCUUAGUCGAAGCGCCAACGAGUCCAAAUCUUCACACGUCUUCCUCGGGUUCUUGAUGUAUUUGGCGAAGAACGUGCCUUUCGUAAGCUGCAUUUUCUUGCACAUGAAAGUAUGCGUUCAGGGCUCGAACGGUUUGUCGAUAAACGUCAUCGGCUUGACCUUCCACGAGAACAAUUGUAAGAUUCUCAAAAAUAUCCUGCACUCCAGAGCCGACCCGCUAAAGUAAUUCGCUCCUCUUUCUCGCGGGAUUUUGUAGGUUUGUUUUCACCUUGAGCGAAAAAUUUGAAUCCUCACAGCCACACAUGCCAUUGCUCGCUCAAUUCCUAUUUCAGGGCUGUCAACCCCCCACGUCCUUAAAUAUUGAGAAUUGAUAGGGAAGGGAUGAUAGAUGACGUCAUAACGUUCAACAAAUGACGCCAUUUGCGCCAAAAAGAUACUCGUUGACUCCGGUCAUCACGAAUUUGCCAUCACAUAAAAUGCGCGAAAAAGAUGUUGUUGGCAUUGUAACAUUUGACCUGAUUGGUUUACUUCCUACCAAUCACAUUAUUGCUUAUAUUACAAUGGCAUACCGGAGGUUUUUGAGAAAAAGUUUGGUGUUAACAGUUAAAUAGCUAAAACAACGCAAAAUAUUUGAAAUUUUAUUGUCCGGGUACCCUGGGUACCAGAGGUUUUUCUCGCGUGCGGCGGGAAUUUUCGGUGUUGGCCGAAGGCCGACACAUCUUCGGCACUAUAAAGACUUGACAGAAACCGGAAACCGCGCUAGAAAAGUCUCUGGCACCCAGGGUAGAGUCCGGGAGAUACGGUCCAAAAUCUGUAGUCUCUCGGAUUAUCUGGGAGAGUUGACAGCCCUGUAUUUUGAUCCCAAAAUAUUCAUCGGUUGGAAAUUAUUUCGCACCAUGCCGCCAGGAAAUCUCGUUAACUUGAUCCUCGUCGCCAUUGUAAUGUCUGAACGCCAGACCAGUCCUCGAUGGGGGUGGAUUAUACACUCAGGAAACAAGACAAGUUUCAUUCCGCCAUACUGUUUUCUCACACUCGCCCACAAUGCAUUACAAGCACAGGCAACCCAAUAUACAAUCACUACAAGGCCGAUGCUCCUGGACAAAUAAUAUUAUUGUAGGGAGCUUAAAAGUUCUUUGAAUUCAGGAUGCCCAGCUUAUAAGUUUGGUGCAACCUCAAGAGGUUUAAAGCCUGGAUCAAAAGCCGUGUUGGUAAAAAUAUGAUUUACUGGGAAUAUCUCUUGCUAGGAUGAAAUUUUCCCCAAUGGAAAUCUUGCAGAGGUCUUCUUGUUCCUCAGUCAGGGACGUCACAAAGAUUGCAAGUUGCUGGGUAUAUUAUUCACUGAAUUAAUGAGGUGGCUGCGCGAAGCGGUGUGAUUAAUUUCCACCACUAUCCACCGCCACUGAGGUGAAUAAUAGUUUUAGUACAGUACUAAAACAGUGAGAUAAUUUAGUUAAAAACGAUGAUUUUUAACCGGUUUAUUGCUGUCAACGAUUACCAUUUUGGGGUGUAAAUGACUGAAGGUCGUCACGUUUCCUUGCCGAGCUAAAUAAAGUAAAGCAAGACUUGAAAUUUGCAUUUGUAGACAAAAAACUUUUUCACUGGUUUCAUCGUUAAAUGCAGGUUAAACAGGCAAAGCUCUUACCUGUAAAAACUGACAGACCAAAUUUUGUCGCCUUCUUCGUGUUGUCAGGAACAGUUUUCUUUUUUAUUUGAGAAAUUUACUCGUUUUUUCGGCAGCAAACUGGACAGCCAUUUUACUCAUAUAGAACCUACGCGAGUUUGACGAGUUAGAGUUCAAUAAAAAGUGAGCCCUGUAACGCCAGAUAGCUACAAUAGUAUUAUGAUAAAAAAGUCCUACUUUAUCUUUUAAAACCCAAAGCACUGUCUCGCAAAGCAAGAUUUAUACAUUUGUCAGAAUUUGCAUUGCACACAGACCACUUAGUGCGGUGGAAUAUUGGGUGGCCGAGAUGUACAAGUGGGAAUCAUGUAAUAACACUAUAUUAUUUGGUUACAGUCUUGAAGGUAAUGAGGUGAAUCGUGGUGGUGGUCAAAUGAUCAAUUGUCAGUCUUCUGAUGGUUUUCAAGGUGAAAAGAGUCUUCCGAGCAACAUCGAAAAAGAGACAUCUCGUAAAUCAAAACAAGUUGAACGUUGG